UUGUCUUUAGGAGUAUUGACCUGAAGGACAAAUAAUGAUAGUAGAUAUAAAGCAAAUAAUAACUGAUGAAGUUUCUACCUGGAAAAGUGAUGUUUAUUAGAGAGAACUGCGUAGUUGCACGGAUGUAUCAAUAAUUUCAAAAACAGUAGACAAAGGAUAUCACAAGGAAAAGUUUGAAGGUGUAGAAGACAACCAAAAAAGAGAUAGCAUUGCAGGUGAUCUAAGGUUAGAAUUGGAACUUAUGCUACCAUGCAAAUACUCAUGAAGGAACACAGCUAUUUCCCACUUCAGAGCAUUCCUUACUGAUGAUCUCACUACUAUUAUUUCAUAGCUGGAUGAUGAAUAAGGUCAACAAACUGAUUGCUCCCUCAGAGCUAUCACUCAUUCCCAAAUAGGGCUUCAGGGGAUCUGAAUCCACUUCCAAGGAAGCACUCCUGGAAGCAGGAGUGUGUACAGGUCUCAAAUGCACAAACCCUAAGGGACUCAAUUCUUUAUAAGUAGGAGAAUUAAGGUGUGUUUGGCUGGAGCACUCUGUUCUCUGCUCAGUGGCCCCAAACAUGAGGUCUUGUUAUAACACUGGGAAAUGUGACUGCAUUCUCAGGUGGACUGUGAGUGUUUCAAACUCUGCCCAUGCCCACAUCUUAUUAUUAACUUCUGCCCCCCACACACUUGGGGCCACACAAAGGGACCUUCCUGGUCCUUGAGGGUUCUUUUUCCUGAAAUGGAUUUUAAAAAUCAAACAAUAUUAUAGAACCAUAGGUUAUUGUAGUAUUUGGUACUCUACUUGCUGCUAUUCUUUCUUUUACUUAAUAUUCCAGAGUCACCUUAGGACUUAAUACUUCUAAGUCCACUCAGAAAAUGUUAAGAGGACCAGAAGAACCAGAGAAGCAUCUCCUGAUAGAGUUGGCGACAUUGUACCUACCAAGUUUGGAAGGAUGUAUCCUGAAGAGGAUGUGAUAGGGUAAUGCAUAGUGGGAGUUUGCUUCUCAAAGAUAUUGUGAGAUUUCAAAAUAUAAAUGUGCCUGAAAAGAGUGAAUCCAUGGAUUAAACAACUGUAAAGUGGUUUCUAACUUGACCUGAAAAUGAUUUUAAUAGAUCUCAAAACUUCUGGUCUUGUCAUCAACAACCAUCAGCCUCUCAAGACAUUCCUUCCAAGAGAUGGAUAGACUGGCUGUAAAAUAUCCUUUUCUUAAUACAUGAUAUUUUUAAUAUAGAACCUGCCAUUCAUAGGAAGGCGGGUUGUUGCUAGUUAAAAACACAGCCAAUGUGCUCAUCGGCAAAAAGCUUAAUUAUUUGAUAUUGGUGUUCAGACUUCAGUGUUCCCAAUCCCUUUUCAAGGUCUGACUUCAUCACAGCUAUGAGGAACGCCUCGGUGGUAACUGAGUUUAUUCUGCUGGGCAUCCCGCACACAGAGGACCUAGAGACCAUGCUCUUUGUCCUGUUUCUGUCCUUCUACAUCCUCACCCUUAUGGGGAACCUGCUAAUCCUACUGGCGAUUGUCUCCUCCGCUCGGCUGCACACUCCCAUGUACUUCUUCCUGUGUAAACUGUCUGUCUGUGACAUAUUUUUUCCCUCUGUGAGUUCCCCCAAGAUGCUCUUCUACCUCUCAGGGAACAGCCGAGCCAUCUCCUACACAGGCUGCGUGUCCCAGCUCUUCUUCUACCACUUCCUGGGUUGUACGGAGUGUUUCUUGUACACGGUAAUGGCCUAUGAUCGCUUUGUUGCCAUAUGUUACCCUCUGCGCUACACAAUAAUCAUGAGUCACAGAGUGUGUGCCAUCCUGGCCAUGGGCACCUCGUUUUUUGGCUGUAUUCAGGCCACCUUUCUAACUACACUCACCUUCCAAUUGCCCUACUGUGGCCCCAAUGAGGUGGACUAUUUCUUCUGUGAUAUCCCGGUCAUGCUGAAGCUGGCUUGUGCAGACACCUCGGCCCUGGAGAUGGUGGGGUUCAUCAGUGUGGGUCUCAUGCCCCUCAGCUGCUUCCUUCUCAUCCUCACCUCCUACAGCCGCAUCAUCUGCUCCAUCUUGCAGAUCCGCUCUGCAGCUGGCCGAAAGCACGCCUUCUCCACUUGCAGCGCCCACCUCACUGCCAUCCUGCUUUUCUACAUGCCAGUGGUCCUCAUCUACCUACAGCCAACCCCAAGCCCCUGGAUGGAUGCAACUGUUCAGAUCCUGAAUAACCUGGUCACCCCCAUGCUCAACCCCCUGAUCUACAGCCUCAGGAAUAAGGAGGUGAAGUCAUCUCUGAGGAAGGUCCUAUAUCAGCUGGACUUCCUUCCUGAGCAGAGGUAG